AUGGUUUCCUGCAGCGAUGGUUUCCUGCAGCAGGAGAUGGUCCAGAAAAUGUCCAUGUGUCAGUUUGCUGUUCCUCUCCUGCUGCCCAACUGUGACACAGAACAAAGCACUUUGAUGCUGUGGGCCUUGAGGGACAUAGUGAGGAAGUUCAGACCCUCUUCCCAAAYGGCCACAAAUGCUUUUGUGGAGGAGAGAAUUGUUGUCUCUGAUAUUCCGAUGGUGUCCUUUGUUAGGAUAGGAAAGAGCAGCUUGUCAAAGUCUCAGAUUUCGAACAAGUUGCUUAGUAACCCUCAACAGUACCAUGAUACAUUUGUUCAUGAUGAUGUGGAAUGUGGUGAUGUCCCUCGGCAAAUCUCAAAUGGUCUGGUUGAAAUCAGCUGGUACUUUCCAUGUGGGAACAGAAAUAUAGACAUGUUCACUAAGCCUGUGGCUGUAGCCAAUCUCAGAGGAGAUAUCAGGUCUUUUGAAACACAGUUCUCCUUUCUGUGUCAAACAUCAGCUGCAGUUUACAUUUUCAUUGAUGAUUUUGAGGCAGAUCUCAAGGUUUUGGCAGGCAAAAUCACAAAAACAGAGCUAUUUCUGGUUGUCAACUCUCAGAAUAAAACAUUCAAGGUGGACACAUUGAAGAAAAUUAUCACAAAMUACAGUAUCAACCCAACAAAUGUGAUUGUGAAGAAGAAGCAGAAUGAUGUAGAAUUUGUCAAAACCCUGCAGUCAUCUGUAGGUGACAUCAUCGAAAAAAGUAAAAACAGAUUGACAAUUGAAAACAUGGCUACCGUGGCUCGUCAGAGUAAGAUUCUGGUUGAUGAAGACAGUGAUGAGUGUCAGAGUGCCAGGAAGAUGGCAGAUGAAAUCACCAGUAACAUCAAAGACACAAUUAAAUUCAAAGACAAACAACUACAAUUACAAGGGCAAAUCUGGAAAGAGCUUUCCCAGUUGGAGAAAGAGAGAUGUAGACUGAGAAAAGCAGGGGAUCAAAACAUUGAACACUACAAGAGCUCUCUGAAGAGAAAGGAGGAAGAGCUGAGAAAGAAACAAUAUACAUGUGACAUGUCAGAUGCAAUGGCAAGCUUCAUUUCUGGAUUGUCAGGUUCAGGAGCUGAGCGUUCCUAUUUCCUCAAAUGGAUGCGGAUAAAUCUGGACAAUCUGUCACGUCAGAACCUGUCUGCUUUGCGGGACCAGUACAAAAAUCUUUGCCAACAUUCUCCUGAGAGAAAAGAUGACAUUAAACAUUUGGAUAAGCAAUUAUCUGAUUGUUCCUUGGGUCUUGAACACUUCCUUCGUGAGUUGGGCCAGUUAUAUGAAGCUUCCUGCUCCCUCCCUGAAAACAUCCCUCAAAGGAAACAGAUGGAGCAUCUCCCUGGAUUGUGUGCUCAGAUGCUGUUGGACGGUUUCCCCGUUGAGCUUGUGGAUGGAGAUGCAUCAAAUAUCCCUCUGAAAUGGAUAUCAGCUGUUCUGACUCAGCUUCAUACUCUUGUGGACUCUAACAGCAAGAUCCUGGUUGUSWCAGUUUUAGGGGUCCAAAGCACAGGGAAGUCCACUCUCCUCAACACCAUGUUUGGRGUCCAGUUUGCUGUCAGCAGUGGAAGAUGCACCAGAGGGGCCUUCAUGCUACUGAUUAAAGUCAACAAAGAACUCAAGGAGGAGCUGAAAUGUGACUUCAUCAUGGUGAUUGACACAGAGGGGUUGAAAUCACCAGAGYUGGCUCAACUAGAUGACAGCCAUGAACAUGACAAUGAACUGGCCACACUGGUGAUAGGACUCAGUGAUGUCACUAUCAUCAACAUCGCCAUGGAGAACUCCACAGAGAUGAAAGACAUUCUGCAGAUUGUUGUUCAUGCUUUUAUCAGGAUGAAGGAAGUGGGGAAGAAGCCAAUAUGUCAUUUUGUGCACCAGAAUGUGUCAGACAUGUCUGCUCAUGACAACAACAUGAGGGACAGGAAGAAGUUGUUGGAACAGUUGAAUGAAAUGACCCAGGCAGCAGCCAGAAUGGAGAAGAAGGAGAACAUCACCAAGUUCACUGACGUGAUGGAGUAUGAUCCAGACACAAGCUGCUGCUACAUCCCAGGACUCUGGCAUGGGACUCCCCCUAUGGCUCCAGUCAAUGCUGGAUACAGUGAGGCUGUGUACAGCUUCAAGAAGACCUUGAUGAAAGAUUUCAGAAAAUGCCAGAGAAAUGAUGACUUGACACAUUUCUUGAAGUGGACACAAACCUUGUGGGAGGCAGUGAAAUUUGAGAAAUUCAUCUUUAGUUUCAGAAACAGCUUGGUUGCAGAUGCGUACUCCAGAUUAUGCUCUGAAUACAAUGGUUGGGAAUGGGCCUUCCAGAAGGAGAUGUAUAAAUGGAUGGUGAGUGCUGAAACUAAAAUAUCCAAUAUUGGAAUGACAGAUCAACAUCCCCAGAGGUCCAUAAGAGAUGUGCUACAAGACUUGAUGAGAGAAGCAUCUGGGAAACUGUCAUUGGGAGAAAAGGAAAUCCAAGACAAUCUAGUGAAAUACUUUGAAAAGGAAGAUGGCCAUGUCAAUCUGGUGGAAAAAUACAAGGAGGACUUUGUGUCCAGUGCCAAAACACUGAGACGAGAGACAGAAAACACAGUGAAGAACAAACUGCAAGGAGCUGUUGAGAUCAAAGAGGGAAUGACAGAACUGGACAACAUCAAGAGUUCUCAGACAAGGACAAUGGAAAAACAGGUUCUGGCUCUGCUGCAGAACUGUAGACAGAAAGAGUCUGUUAUAUCAGAUGAGGCCCUCAGUGAAGAGUUUGAAAUCAUGUGGAGGAACACUCUGUCUGAGAUAACUUUCAAAGGACUCCCAAGUAGAGAUGUGGCUCAAGAUACCUUCCUCAUGUUACGUGAUAAUCUGACAACGAGGGGGAGUCAUGUCAACAAGAUGGUGGUUGGAACCAGACUGGUGGAUUGUGGGAGAAAAGCUUUUGUUUUGGAAUCAGCGAGUUGGUGGCAGCAGGCUAAAAACAUAGCAAAGUAUGAUUAUCCCAACUAUCACCGGAAAAAACUACAAGAUCUCUGUGAUGACAUCAUAAGACAGUGUCAGGAGUUUAUAACCCUGAGGGUGAAAAGCAAAACUGAUUACCAUGACACUCACAUCAAAGAACUGCUUAGAAUAGUUGACAAAACAUUACAACAACACACACAAGUUAAAGUCAGUGAGGAAUGUGAGGUUUCUCUCAAACAACACAUCUGUGGCAGAGCAGCCAGAGAGUUCCAGAAGAUGCAUGAUGAUUUCAUUGAAGUCAAUGACCCAAGGAAGUGUCUGGAAAAGUCUAAGAACAAGUACCUUACUGAGUU